CUCAGCAUGUGAUCAAUCGCGUGCAAGAGUUGGCUCCAUCGGUAAAAAAAGGGAGCGGGAGCCAUGAGACGGAUGAGGAGCAGGAAAGAGAGCUCGAGCACGAACAAGAAGAAGAGCGCCACGCCUUUCGGCCCCCGAAGGCUACGCCUAAGGACGAGAGGCGAAUCUCUCCCGGACUCGAGAGCUUUCUCAAGAAUCCGCGCCAGCUUGUUGUCGGUGGCGACAAUCCAGACCAUCAGCUGAAGCCUUUGCGUGAGGCCUUCCGAAACGCCCCAAGUCUGUACAAACUUCUACCCGCGAAGCUCUUUGCAUUUGCGGACGAAAUUGGCCAGGACAAGCAGAAGGGUGUGGUAUUUGUGUAUGGCGCGGGUCGUAUAUGCUAUCGCACUGUGGCGGGGAGUAAAUAAUUGGUAGCGCGACUACACUAGUAAAGUUUGAUUUUGUAACUGUGCUUUCUGGUCGACUUAUUUGACCUUAAAAAUGUCAACCAUUGUAGUUACGCCUUAUUUAUUAUCUUCUUGUUCAGCUGUAGCUCUAGCUUUUGUCUAUCAUUAUCAGGUAGUUGUGCUUGUGGACGGCUAGUUUUUCAUCUGAUUAUUUCGCAUUUCUUCCUAUUUUUACGAAUACGAUCUUCACCCAUCUACUACUCCUAUUUUUUCGUCUAUCCAUCUUUCUAGAUUUUCUAGAAGGACUCCCAUCUUUCAUUUUCGCACUCCGAACUUUUGCACGUCGGUAACCGAGCCCGACGAAGCGUUCUACCUAAAAGCACCGAGAUGGGUGAUCUGGAGUAGGGAGAGAAGCAUCUGGGUCCUCAUCUCGAACUACGAGGCGGAGCAGUGCGCUGCGUAUCUGAUCCGUAGCCGCAAUGUGAAUUAAGGCGCUCGUAUUAUUUAGCUCUCAGGUUAUUUAUCUGCAUCAGGAUCCCGCGAAGCAUCUUGCAGGAGUAGCCUUUCAUUGGAAAACGACUGCCAAGAUGCUGAUUGUACUUGUAGUUGCGUUUCGGACUCGGUAACUAAACUCUAAGUCAGGAGCGACGUCUUGCUGAUGCCGUUUCUAGCAGUACCCGCAUGGGCCGCUA